AUGCUCACCAAGAUCGCCAGCACCGCCAUCGCGGCGCUCUCCCUCGGCUCGGUCGUCCAGGCACGCCCGGGUAAGAGCCUGGCCGAGCGCAGCAACAUCAUCAACAACGUGUGGUGCGGACCCGUUCUGGCCAAGACGGCGACCUCGGUCUCGGCCGUUUGGACCGUGCCCAAGGCGACGGUGCCGUCGUCUGGCGGUAGCAAAGACCUCAUGGCCUACCAGUGGGUCGGCAUCGACGGCGUCGGCGGCUCGCACUGCGGCAGCGCUCUUCUCCAGGGCGGAACCGCUCAGGUGUACAACAGCAAUGGCGGCUUCACCUACGACUUCUGGUUCGAGUUUUACAGCCCCGACAACACGUCCUCGUGGCACAUCCAGGACCCGGUCGUCAAGGCCGGAGACCAGGUCCGUGUCACCGCCUCGGUCGACAACGACUACCACGGCACCAUCUUCUUCGAGAACCUGUCCCGCGGAACCACCCACACCGAGUACGCCUGGUCCGCCAACACGCCUCUCUGCUACGAGCACGUCGAGUGGAUCCAGGAGGCUCCUGUCAGCCUGCUGCCCAACUUCAAGGACUUCAGCUUCACCCAGAUGACCGCCUCCGAUGCCAACGGAAACACCUUCAACGCCGCCGGCUCCGACCUCUGGUACCUCGACUCCAAGGGCGCCAAGUGCUCCGCCUCCCUGACCGACAAUGGCGACACCGCCAUCAUCACCAACAAGGUGGCCCUCCACUAG